UCCGGGAACUAUUCUUCAACCGACAACAUGGCGAGUGUACGCGUUGCGUCCAAACUCCUCACCAAGAGGGUAUUAUCCAACUCAAAAGCAGUGCCUGCAGCCGCAGUUCAGUGCUCCAGAAACUUUCACUUCUCCAUCUAUGGCAAGAAGAAUAAUGCCAAAGUGUCAGAUGAUAUCUCAACUCAGUAUCCAGUUGUGGAUCAUGAGUUCGAUGCAGUGGUGGUAGGAGCUGGAGGGGCAGGGCUUCGGGCAGCUUUUGGCCUAUCAGAGGCUGGCUUCAACACCGCCUGUGUCACCAAGCUCUUCCCCACAAGGUCUCACACCGUUGCUGCACAGGGUGGGAUCAAUGCAGCUCUGGGUAACAUGGAGGAGGAUGAUUGGAGGUGGCAUUUUUAUGACACAGUGAAGGGAUCUGAUUGGCUCGGAGACCAGGACGCCAUCCAUUACAUGACUGAGCAGGCUCCUGCAGCUGUAGUAGAGCUGGAGAACUUUGGCAUGCCAUUCAGCCGCACUGAGGAAGGGAAAAUCUACCAGAGAGCCUUCGGAGGUCAGAGUCUCAAGUAUGGGAAGGGAGGCCAGGCCCACCGCUGCUGCUGUGUGGCGGACAGGACGGGACACUCGUUGCUUCACACGCUUUAUGGGAGGUCCCUUCGUUACGACACCAGUUACUUUGUGGAGUACUUUGCCCUGGACCUGCUGAUGGAAGACGGAGAGUGUAAAGGUGUGAUUGCCCUCUGCAUGGAGGACGGCUCCAUUCACCGCUUCAGAUCACAGAACACCGUCAUCGCCACUGGGGGUUAUGGAAGAGCCUAUUUCAGCUGCACAUCUGCCCACACAAGCACCGGUGAUGGAAAUGCCAUGGUGACCAGAGCUGGUCUGCCCUGCCAGGACAUGGAGUUUGUCCAGUUCCAUCCGACAGGAAUCUAUGGAGCCGGUUGCCUGAUCACUGAGGGUUGUCGCGGUGAGGGAGGAAUCCUGAUCAACAGCGAGGGAGAGCGCUUCAUGGAGCGCUAUGCCCCCAACGCCAAAGACCUGGCCUCCAGGGAUGUGGUGUCUCGCUCCAUGACCAUAGAGAUCAGAGAGGGCAGGGGUGUUGGUCCAGAGAAGGAUCACGUGUACCUGCAGCUUCACCACCUCCCCCCCCAGCAGCUGGCCACCAGGCUGCCCGGCAUCUCAGAGACGGCCAUGAUCUUUGCCGGAGUCGACGUCACCAAAGAGCCGAUCCCCGUCCUGCCCACAGUCCACUACAACAUGGGCGGAGUUCCUACAAACUACAAGGGACAGGUGAUUGACCACACCAACGGCGGAGACAGGGUGGUGCCUGGACUGUACGCCUGCGGCGAGGCGGCGUGUGCCAGCGUCCACGGUGCCAACAGGCUGGGGGCCAACUCCCUGCUGGACCUGGUGGUGUUUGGGAGAGCCUGCGCCCUCACAAUCGCCGAAGAGCACAAACCCGGCGAGAAGCUGUCACCCCUUAAGGCCAACGCAGGAGAGGAGUCCGUAGCCAACCUGGAUAAACUGAGGUUCGCCAAUGGCAAUCUGAGAACCUCUGAAAUCAGACUCCAUAUGCAGAAGACUAUGCAGAAUCAUGCCGCAGUGUUCCGUACCGGCUCCGUUCUUAAGGAGGGAUGUGACAAAAUGGACAGCAUCUACGGGACUAUGGAGGACAUGAAGACCUUUGACAGAGGCAUUGUGUGGAACACAGACUUGGUGGAAUCACUGGAGCUGCAGAACCUCAUGCUGAACGCUGUCCAGACCAUCCACUCUGCUGAGCAGAGGAAGGAGAGCAGGGGCGCCCAUGCCAGAGAGGACUUCAAGGAUCGUAUCGAUGAGUACGACUACUCUAAGGCUACGCCGGGUCAAGAGAAGAAACCCUUCGAACAGCACUGGAGGAAACACACCAUGUCCUACGUCGACUCCAAGACUGGAAAGGUGACCCUGAAGUACCGACCCGUCAUCGACCACUCUCUGGAUGAGCAGGACUGCGCUCACGUGCCUCCUGCCAUCCGCUCCUACUAAGAUCUUCCCUGCCCCAAAUCCCUCCCCCUCUCCUUACACUUCCUCCUCCCUCAGUUACCGAAAGCUCACUUUACCUUCUAUUUAAGAAGAUACGCCGUCUCUGUAGUAGUAAUGGCAUUUUGGGACGAGUAAUGGUUUUUGUUGCACAUUUGUAUUCCCUUAGAUGUUAAAUACAACAAUGUCUACACGGCAUCCGAUCUUUGUGUCACAUUCCUGGUUCUGUCCUUCAUGCGUGUUCUGCCUUUAUUUAACUCAGCAAGAUUGAUGUGGCCUCUCACGCUGAGAGCCGGUUUUGUACAUAUCAUUAGAAACUUUAGAGAGGCGGAGGGCCUAAAGACAUUUCCAUCUCUGAAAGGCUAACCACAACAACAAAGUGAAGUGAACUUGUCUCAUAAGUCCAGCUUAGCUUUGUGUGACAUCAAUCUCUAAUAGUUCUGUGUAGUACUAAAUGCUUCUGAUUAAAACUUCUCUACUUUUGACUGAGUGAAGGGGCUGAGGGAAAGCAUGUAGUUCAAAGUGCACACGUCGCCGAGACAGAGGGAAGUUUUAAGUAUGUAAAUAUUGCAGAAAUGUACAAUAAAUAUGGUGAAAUUACUGUAUGUAACGGUAGUAAAAGUAUGACUUCAUCUCAGUCACUGUUGCCUUCAGCCAUGGCUUGCAUUUACUUAUUACUCCUCAUGCGUGUGGUCAUUGCUUGGCUCGGUAAUAAGCUAACGGCCUUCACUGAGCUUAAGCCAUACGCGCUAUCGCUAUAGAUGUUAACCAAAUUUAGCAGUUUAGACUUCUAUAUCCACAUUUGUGUACCGGCUGAUGGAGCAAAGGCCUAUUUAAACAUUUAGCUGUUGUUCUAUCUUUGAACAAUAAAGAAAUAAUACAGUAAUGAUCAGUGAAUGCCACAUUCUGUAAGACCUGGAUUUUUGUUGUAAGUUGCAGGAAUAGUCCUUCAGGGAGUUUUCAUUUAAAAAAAAAACGAAAACAGAAUGAGUUGUGCAUGAGUGGCGUGGCAUUGUAGGAUCGACAUUUACCUCACUCCAACUCCCACUCCCCCUCACUAACACUGAGGGAGAAGGAUCUGCUUGGUGUCACCACUUUCAUACAACUACUCGCACACCGUGCUGCUUGUGUUGAAUCAACAAAGAGGGUGACUUAAUUUAUUUGCCUUGGUUUUGCCAUUUGUACUUGUUUUCAUAUAUACAAUAAAGUGUAUGCUAUGCAUAGAAAAAAAA